AUGAUGCUGAUUUUUAGUAUUCCAAAAUACAUCUUCAGAAUGAUUCAUGUAUUUGCAGGAUGCUUUAUUCUUGGAAAUGCAUUUGCAGAUCUCAUAUGGGAUGAAAGAGACGAAGACAGCUAUGCCCUUAUAAAGUUCUUGUGCUUAAUCUUUUUAUUUAUUUCUGGGGUUGUUAAUCUUAUACUUUUAAAGCCAAGCAAAAUUUUUGAUGAAAAUACAAAUAAGCUUUGGGUGAGACUUAUCUAUGCAAAACUUGUUCUUUGGCUGUUUUAUUUGCCUUACUUCUUCGCAUGCUUAAUUGAUUUCUCAUAUCCUUCAGCGAUUAUUGAAGUUAUUUUAGCUGUUAUAAUCAUUCUAAUAAGCAGUUUUGCAAAAACAGUGAGAGAUGGGAAUGCCAAGACCCCUGAAGAGAUAGCAAAAUUAAGAGAUUAA